AUGGUAUGUGGAAAAUACUUCCAGGGACGUGGAACCAAUACACAUGCGUACACACAUUCACUAGAUACUGAUCAUCGUGUAUUUCUCAAUCUCCACACUCUCAAGUUCUACUGCCUUCCAGACAACUACGAAGUUGACGACCCUUCUCUCGAAGACAUAAAAUAUGUGCUGAAGCGACUUCACGAAAGAGCUGUUAUUAGUCAAGCCUUAGAUCGUCAACAUCGAAUGGCCAGAGCAUAUGAUGAUUUAACGUAUUUCCCUGGUGUUGUUGGUCUUAACAAUAUUAAAGCGAACGAUUACACAAAUGUAGUUUUGCAUGCAUUAUCACAUGUGACUCCUUUACGUGAUUACUUCCUUCGCGAAGAAAACUACGAGAAUAUCAAGAGACCUCCAGGUGACAAGCUGUCACUUCUGGCCAACAGGGGGAAACUCUGGAAUCCGAAGGCAUUCCGUACCCACGUUUCUCCUCAUGAAAUGCUUCAAGCCACUGUUUUAUGUUCCAAUAAGAAGUUUCAGUUCAUAAAGCAGGGUGACGCAGCUGAGUUCAUGAGCUUCUUGCUCAAUACUUUGCACAUUGCUCUAAAUGGCACUCAGAAGUCUUCAUCAUCAAUUAUAUACAGAAUCUUCCGCGGUCGUAUGCGGCAGUAUUCGCGACGAGUGAUACCAGCUGAAGCUACGGAAGAGCAACGGUUGCAGUUGUUGCAGUUACCUGAGUAUAAUGAAAGUGCGAAGGAACUACCUUUCCUCUACUUGGCGUUGGAUCUUCCACCAGCACCGCUUUACCGCGAUGAACAAAUGCAAAAUAUUAUUCCGCAAGUGCCAUUGUCAGUGCUCUUGCAAAAGUUCAAUGGAAUGACGGAAAAGGAGUACAAGACUUACAAUGAAAAUAUCAUGAAGAGAUUUGAACUACUUCGUCUCCCUGAAUAUCUUAUUAUCACCUAUAAAAGAUUCCACAAAAAUCAGUGGUUCGUAGAGAAGAAUCCAACCAUUGUGAACUUCCCUAUCAGUAAUGUCGAUCUUUAUGACUGUUUAUCUGAGGACACACGCUUUGAUCACAAGUACACAACAUAUGACCUAAUCGCCAAUAUUGUGCAUGAUGGAAAACCUGAUGCAGGAACAUAUCGCAUUCAGCUUGCUCACGUGGGAUCUCGGAAAUGGUUUGAACUUGAGGAUCUUCAUGUGAAGGAAAUCCUUCCACAAAUGAUUGUGCUAGCAGAGUCCUACAUUCAGAUAUGGAAAUUGAACCGGCUGAAGACUCGAGAAGAACGAAUGAGCGAAGGCAUCGACGAUGACGGUUCUACAUCUUAG